AUGGAGUAUACGUUAUUGUUGUAUUUGUUGAUACUCUUGGGUUCUCUGCAGCUUCACUUUCAGAGCCAUGGAAGUUCAGCUUGCUUGGAAGAAGAGAGGAUUGGGCUUCUGAAACUGAAAGAUUCCUUUAUUCAAGCAAAUGGGUCUGCUCUUUCUUCAUGGGGUGUUGAAGAUGGAGAUUGUUGCAGGUGGGUAAGGGUCAGCUGUGAUAAUAUCACAAAGCAAGUGGUAGAACUCUCCCUCAAUCGUACAAGACCACUGGGUUUGGGUUUCACAGAAGGUUGGAUCCUCAACGCCUCCCUGUUUCUUCCCUUCCAAGAACUACAGAGUCUAGACUUGUCAGGAAACCUCUUGAAAGAAGAUGAUAUGCUUUCAAGGCUUGGCACCAAAAGUCUAAAGGCAUGCCUGCAUCAUUUGAUGACUUGUCGAGAGAAAGUCAAGAAGCCAAGGUGCACCGAUUUCCAAGGUGUACUUAGAUUAAGCAAGCUACAAGUUCUGGAUUUGAGCUGGAACAGAUUUACAGAAAUCCCAUCCUUGGGUGCACUGCGGUCCUUAAAGUUUCUAUACCUUCAUUCAAAUCAGCAUAUGAAAAAUUCUUCUCAUUUUCAAGAGAUAACUACUUUGAGGAAUUUGGAGAGCUUGCACCUUGGUUAUAAUGAUAUGGCUGGUGAGAUUCCUCCCUCCAUUGGUGCUCUGACCUCUCUCAAGGCCUUGUCACUCACCAGCAAUAAACUAAAUGGCUCCUUACCUGUAGAAGGCUUUUGCAAAUUGAGGUGUCUGCAAGAGUUGGAUCUGAGCAUAAACAAUUUCGAAGGGAAUCUUCCGUCAUGUCUCAGCAAUUUGACCUCUCUUCGACUUCUUAAACUUUCUGAGAAUAGCUUCGGAGGAACCAUUCCUCCCACUCUCUUUCCCAGUCUCAAGUCACUUGAAUACGUUUCCCUUUCUUACAACCAUUUUGAAGGUUCACUCUCAUUCAGUUCAUUUGCUAACCAUUCCAAACUUGAGGUCUUUGAACUCGACAGCCAUAACAACAAUUUGAAGGUAGAGACAGAAAAUCCAGCUUGGAAACCUCUAUUUCAGCUGAAAAUCUUUCGAUUAUCCAACUGUAAACUCAACGAGCCAACUGGGGCUUUACCCAGCUUUCUUUUACAUCAAUAUGACUUGACAGCAGUGAACCUUAGCCACAAUAGCAUUAUAGGGAAGCUUCCAAUCUGGUUACUCAUUAAUAAUACAAGACUAAAAUUCCUUAGUCUUGCAAAUAACAUCUUGACGGGUACUCUCAUGUUGGAUUCUAACUCAAAAAAUCUUGAAAUGUUUUGGAUUGAUGUCUCUAUGAAUCAUAUCCAGGGCGAGCUUCCAUCUUUUAUAGGUUCUUCCCUCCCAAAUCUGCUCCUUUUGAACAUGUCUAACAAUGCUUUGCAAGGUAGGAUUCCCCCCUCCUUCGGAGAUAUGGGAAGGUUAGAUUUGUUGGACUUGUCGAAUAAUAAUUUCUCCGGGCAACUACCAGAGCAUUUGGUCAUGGGCUGUGUCUCAUUGAGAAUUUUGAAGCUAUCCAACAAUAAUUUGCAUGGCCAAUUACUUCCAAAAAGAUCUAAUCUCACAAGACUAUUUUAUCUAUUUUUGGGCAACAAUCACUUCUCAGGAGAAAUCUCGGGUGGACUUCUGAACAGCUCCUACCUGCAAUUGUUGGAUUCAAGCAGUAACUUACUCUCAGGCAAAAUUCCUGAUUGGAUUGGAAACUUUAAGUUUUUAUCUUCUAUUAUUCUGUCCAAAAAUUCAUUGGAGGGCUCUAUACCAAUGAGCUUCUGCAAACUUAAACGACUACGCUUCUUGGAUCUUUCUUCGAACAACUUCAUUCAUAGCAUGCCUUCCUGUGUAAAUCUGUCAUCUCUGAGAUAUCUACAUUUGCAAGGCAACACAUUAACUGGACACUUACCAAAUGUUCUAUCUACGGCUUCCUCCCUGGUGACAUUAGAUUUGAGGGAUAACAAAUUUUCAGGAAGAAUUCCAAGUUGGAUCAGCUUACUCUCAAAUUUGAGAGUUCUUCUUUUGAAAGGAAAUGAUCUUGAAGGUUCUAUACCUUUUGAACUAUGUCAGCUUAUUAUUCUCAGCAUAGUAGAUCUUUCUCACAACAAUCUUUCUGGGUCAAUACCCUACUGCUUGCCUAGCAUACCAUUUGGGAUGAAAAUAAAUUUUGAUGACACAUUUCGUACUGGUCAAUACGGGAGGGUGUCAUAUGAAUCCUACACAAGGUAUUCAUAUCGAAGUCAGCUCGAGGUGGGCCAAUAUAUUGUUGAUGGCUAUUCCACAUCAGAUGAGGUAGAAGAAGUGGAGUUUAUAACAAAGAGCAGGGCUGAAUCAUACAGAGGAAACAUUUUGUACUUCAUGUCGGGGAUCGAUCUCUCCUGGAAUAAAUUGACUGGUCCAAUUCCACCUGAAAUUGGACACCUGAGUGGCAUUCAUACUCUGAACCUGUCACACAACUGUUUAAAUGGAUCAAUUCCGGAAACAUUUUCACUUCUGAAACAAGUACAGAGCCUGGACCUAUCCCACAACAGAUUGAGUGGCCAAAUUCCCUCACAGUUGGUAGAGUUGAACUUUUUAUCAGUCUUCACUGUGGCUUGCAACAAUUUAUCAGGUAGGACACCAGACAUGAAAGCACAGUUUGCUACAUUUGAAGAAAGCAGCUAUGAGGGCAACCCUAUUCUUUGUGGACUGCCACUGCAGAGAAGUUGCACCACCAGCAGAAUAUCGCCAUCAGCACCACCACCUUCAAGAUCAAGCAAUGGAGGUGGGUUCACUGGUGGUGGUACCAGUGGCGGUGGCGCUUCACUAGUGGAGACUGCGAUUAGGGUUAGGGAUUUGGGAGUUGGGCGUAUGGGAGUCACAGACUCACAGUAG